ACAUCUGUUGGAAAUUGCUUUUGCUGUUGAUGAUUCAAAGACGAGCCCAAUAUAUCUGUGUGGAGAUUGCCUACCAACCCCACGGAGUUGUGUUAAUUUUUGUCCAGUGAAUUUUUUUUUCUCAAAACUAAAAACAACUUCCCAGUUAUUUUUAUUUUAAGUUUAUAUUUUUUUUUUAAAGGAAAAUCACAUCAUGACUGAUUUAUCAAACACCACUUGGAAUAGAAUCUACAAAUUUGUAACGUGGUUGCUUCGAAAGAAUAUAAGAAAUCCUGAUACAGCAGAAGAAGAUGACAUUGGUCCAAUUGAGCCUGCGAUCUACGGUGAAAGUUUAAUUCCACAACGGAAAUCCCAACCACUGUUGAUGGAGCUGAGAAGGUACUACCGUGAUUAUGUAGCCAUCCCAGUUGACAAGCGAUAUAGGGCUUUUGAGGUCGUAGAAGAUAUUAAAAACUCUCUCCAGAAGUUCGUACAAGAUGAAAGCAAGACAAAUUACACUUUUGGCGACAUUAUGCCGCAAGGCAGUAGUUAUGAAGGACUAAAAGUUGUUGAACCAAAUGAAUUUGACCUAUUACUGCCACUGAUAUUAAAAGAUAGUGAAUGGAGAAGCACAGAAGCUGCAGGAAGUGAAUAUCAUGCACCCGGAUAUGUUUUCAUUAGGAAAUGUAUUUCCAAUACUAAGACCCCCUAUGAUGACGCCAUUGACAAUGAUGUCUACUUGAGUCCUAUAGAGAUCAAACGAAAGAUGCAGUCGAUUGUUCAAAGAGCAGUAAAAAAGUUGGAUUUCCCAAACGUCCAACGUGUCACUCUACGAGAAAGUGGCCCAGCGCUGACACUUGAAGUGAUAUAUGAUGACGACGAUUAUGGCUCUCGAAAAAUGUUCAUAGAUAUUGUUCCAUCUAUGAACAUCAGGAACAAAUUAUUUGUUGCAAAGAGACAUCCUGAAAGUGACCAGUACCAGAACAGAACUUAUCACAACAUUUUCAACAACCUCUGGCGUGUGAGUUUUUCAGAAAAAGAAAAAGAGAUUAUCAGAGAGAUGGAUGGGGAGAGAGAAUGUCGUCGGACUUGUUUAAAGAUCCUCAAGACAAUUCAAUUGAAGAAGGGGUCCUCUCAACUUGGAAUGCUCUCGUCGUAUCACCUUAAAACAUGUAUGCUGCAUCUCAACGCCGAUAAAAGCAUUGGGUCCUGGCACCAGGACAACCUCGACGAUCGUUUCAAGGAUCUUCUAAUGAAACUGAUUCAGUUCCUAAAAGAAGAAAAAAUGCCAAGCUUCUCUGAUCGUAACAUAGAUCUGUUCUCAACUUACAAUACAAUUCAGUUACAGAACAUCAGAGAUUGGCUAGAAAGAAAAGUUAGGUCAGAUGAUAAAAUUAUUCAUGGGAUGUUGCAAUUGGGAAAUAAUUAAUGUUUAUUUAAACAAUGUUCCAUGUACCACCUAUAACAUUUUUAGAAAUGAGUCAGUCAUACUGGUUUCUGGUUAAACACAUUAUAUUCAUUUAAAUGAAAUAAUAUGGGGUUUUUUUUUACGAGAAUUCUUUGGUAAAGGAUAAUUUUUUGGAACCCUAAUUAAAAAAAAAAAACCAACCAUAAAAAGUAUAAUAUUGUAUAUAGAAUCAUAUUUUAUUAGAUUAGAGUUUUAAAUGAAUUUAUGUUAUACUCCAAUCAUGCUACUGUCAAUAUAAUUUUAACGGGGUUCAUGGACUGAAACCCGUCCACACAUGCAUAUUUUAUCUAUUAUAGUUACCAUUAAAAAUAUUUCAGAAGUACCGAUAUCUAUAUGUAUCGUAAUAUUAUCAUUAUUUACAGUUUAUUUUACCUAUAAAAGUAUACAGUGUUUGUCUUAUGCACCAGUAUUUUCCUAAAUUUUCUUAAAGCAGAAGUAAUUAUUUUAAUUUCAUCUGUAUAUUUAUGAUAAUUUAUAAUUUCAUGUGUGGAAAAUUAAUAUUACAGAACAACCUAUAUUUCUUUACACAAGUACCGUAGUCCUACGGGGAAGGAAAUGGAGGGGAAAAUGCCCCGCCCCACCUUCUAAAUAAAUGUUUUGAACGUUUCUAUGUGGACGUGUUCCUGUUUUUCGAACGUCGAGGGGUUGGAAUGCGUUAUUAACCCAUAGCCUCCAUUAUAUCCAUUGGAAUAUUUCCCGUUUCUGUAAACUAACGAAUGCCCUACCAUACUAUUGACACGGCGGUCUACUACUACAAACCUACUACUGUACAACAUACAAAUUGUACCAGUCUAUUGGCACUGCUGGAAACUCGACAACAGAAUCUUCGAUACGAUUAAAGCCACAGUACAUGGAACUUAAAAACACACGAAUCAAAAUAUACCAGUGGGCUUUCUAUUCCGAUUGAUCAUAUCAAGACACUUGAAUUAAUUUCUGAGAAAGAAAAACAACAUAAUGCCUGAAGAAUUUUUGUCCUUAAUUUGGAUUGGAUUCUUGGCCUGGAUCAUCUACAGAUCUUUCAAAUGGUUGUGUUCGAAUAAACGAAAUCCAGAUAAGGCAGAAGAAGAUGACAUCGGUCCAAUUGCACCAGAGAUCCGCCUUGAAAGUUUUAUUCAACGACGAGGACCACUGUUGAUGGAGCUGCGAAGGUACUACCAUAACCAUGCAGCCAUCCCAGUUCACAGGCGAAAGGCAGCUAUUGAGGUCGUUGAGGCUAUUAAAUGCUUUCUCCAGAGGUUUGUAAAAAAUGAUUGGACCACAAAUUACACCUUUGGCAACAUUAUGGCACAAGGGAGUGGUUACGAAGGACUACAAGUUAUUGAACCAGAUGAGUUUGACCUCUUACUACCACUGAUGUUAAAAAAUAGUAAUUGGAAAUAUAGUAAAUAUCAAUCAUCCGGAUAUGUUUUCAUCACCAAAAUACAAGGUUAUGUAUUUAAUACUAAAACCCCAUAUGAUAACGCCAUUUUCAAUGAUGUCUACUUGAGUCCUAUUGCGAUAAAACGAAAGAUGCAGUCAAUAGUAAAAAGAGCAGUAGAUAAUAUGGUUUUCCCAAACGUCCAACGUGUCACUCUACGAGAAAGUGGCCCAGCGCUGACACUAGAAGUGCUGUAUGAUGGCUCACGACGAAUGAGCAUCGAUGUUGUUCCAUCUAUUAAGAUCGGGAACAAAUUGGUUGUUGCAAAGCGGCAUCCUGAUAGUGAUCAGUAUCAGAGCAGAACUGACCACAACAUGCUCAAUAACCUCUGGCGGGUGAGUUUUUCAGAAAACGAAAAAGUUAUUAUCAGAGAAAUGGAUGGUAAUAACGAAUGUCGUCGGACUUGUUUAAAGAUCCUCAAGACGAUUCAAUUGAGGAAGGGGUCCUCUCAACUUGGAAUGCUCUCGUCGUAUCACCUUAAGACAUGUAUGCUGCAUCUCAACGCCGAUAAAAACAUUGGGUCGUGGCACCAGGACAACCUCGACGAUCGUUUCAAGGAUCUUCUGAUGAAACUGAUUCAGUUCCUAAGAGAAGAAGAAAUGCUAAGCUUCUUUGAUUGUAACAUAGAUCUGUUCUCAACUUACAAUACAAUUCAAUUACAGAACAUCAGAGAUUGGCUAGAAAGAAAAGUUAGGUCAGAUGAUAAAAUUAUUCAUGAAAUGUUGUUCUAAAGAAGAGCUUUAUUUGCACACGUAAUUCCUCAAAUCUACAAGACAAAUUCAUCAGCGCCAUUUUUAUCACUGAUUUGUAGUUAUAUAAAAAUGUAGAUUAACAUUCCGAAAUUUUGCAAUUGGUAAAUAAUUAAUGUUUAUUUCAACAAUGUUCCAUGUACCACCUAUAACAUUUUUAGAAAUGAGUCAGUCAUUCUGGUUUCUGGCUAAACACAUUAUAUUCAUUUAAAUGAAAUAAAAUGUUGUUUUGUUUACGGUAAUUCUUUGGUGAAGGAUAAUUAUUUGGAACCCUAAUUUAAACGCGAGCAUCAAUGAUGCAAUAGCCCACUUGACAAUAGCUGGCAAUGUUAGUGAGUGGAGGUUGUGUGGAGUGUUGUUACAUGUAUUGAGCAUAAAAAAAACGUUUAAAGUUAUAGUAGUUGUAUGCAUCAUCACAGACCUUUUUUGUUAAGUUCACAUAACAGUUAGAAAAGGUGUGACAACCUCGACGAUCGUUUCAAGGAUCUUCUAAUGAAACUGAUUCAGUUCCUAAAUGAUGGAAAAAUGUCAAGCUUCUUUGAUCCUAACAUAGAUCUGUUGUCAACUUACAAUACAAUUCAAUUACAGAAUAUCAGAGGUUGGCUGGAAAGAAUAAUUAAGUCAGAUGAUAAAAUUAUUAAUGAAAUGUUGUAUUAAAGGUGAGUAUUAUUUACACAUGUAUUGUCUUAGUAUCUACAAGACAAGACAACAUUUACAUCACUGAUUCCAAAAUUUGUAAAUCGUAUAUAAUUCAUGUUUAUUUCAACAAUGUUCUUUGUUUCAUUCUGGUUUCUUUUUAAAUACGUUAUUAAAGGAAGUAAAAUGUUUUGUUAAGGUUCUUCUUUGGUGAAAAGCUGAUUAUUUGGAAAACUAAUUAUUAAAAAACAAGCCAACAAUAGAAAGCAAAAUAUAUAGAAACAUAGAGUUUAUUGCAUUAAGAACCAUUAACCAUAGUACCAUUUAUAGUAGGUGUAUUAGACGUCAGAUGAGUGUGGGAUAAUGCACACAAAUGCAAGUAAAUAUUAAAGGCAGUUGAUCGAAACAACAGGACACUAAAUCAAAAACUUUUGAUGAAAGGUGGGGGAUAUUUAUUAGAAACAAUGCAUAAAAGACAAUUAUCUUUCAAAAAUAUUUGAAGUUUAAAAAACUGCUUUUCUAAAUUCUAAAUUUUGCUUACGUUUAGAAUAGAUUACGAUGAUACAACACACUGUACAUGCGUACAAUUCCUAUUUUACAUUUGUAGCAGACGAUGGGUGAGAAGGCCUAUAGAGUCUGCAGAGGACGAGUAAUCACAGUAAAUCAUUGUACUGAGCCGUUUGCUGAAGACCCCAGUUUAAACCGGGCCAACAGCAUCGGGUUUAAAUUGGUGUUGGAUCGCUCGGCUCCUUGAAUAACCCUCAAUAUGAGCAUUGUAUCUGUUAUUUAGUGACACUACGCAAUGGCUUCCGAUAUGGGGUUUAAGGACCCAGCAAGAAUUCGCAAUUCGUUUUACCAACAAUAGGUCCCUAAUAUGAGCAUGAGUGUACUGCAGAAACUAGGUCAAAAUUACUCUUUCAUUUCAUUUCAUUUAUUUCGUCAAACAGAAAACAAAACAUACAGAAAUAACAAUACCAAAAAUCAGAGACAGGAUAAACAAAAAGCAAACUAGAUUGCUGUAUAAAGUUUCUUCACUGAUGGAUACAUAAAAUAUAUAAAUAAAUCUCUGAUCUCUGGAAGUAAAAACAAAUUAAAAACAGCAAGGCACAGCGCAGAACAGCGCAGCACGCAAGGAACAAUAUACUGUUAUUCUCAUGGAGUUUCUGGGAUACUCCCAGAAACUCCAUGAAAACAACAAUAAAUGAUACCAGCAAACAGCGACAGCAAAAUAAGUAUCAGCGACAGCAGUAGCGCAGAAAAAAGACAGAUUUCAAAUUAUUAAAAAUCAAGAAAGUCAAGAUUGAUCUUAUCGGACAAGGUGCUAUCAACCAUUGGUUAUCUGUCAACACACUGUACUCAGCAUGCGUGUCAAAUAAAAUGAACUGAAUAAACCCACAUUCCAUUUUACAGUAUACUCAAAAA